AUGCGUGGGGCCGGCACAGGUGGCACUGGACUGGUGACACACACCUCAGGGCGAGUGUGGGGAGCAGGCACAGGACGCACUGGACUGGGAAGGCACACUGGAGGCCUGGUGCGUGGAGCUGGCACCGGACGUACUGGGCUGUGGAGUUGUACUGGAGACCUGGUGCGUAUAGCCGGCAUCAAUGGUACCGGUUCGAUGACACACCUAGCACGGCAAGUGCGAGGAGCUGGCACAGAAUGUACUGGGCUGUGGAGGCGUACUGGAGACCUGGUGCGUAUAGCCGGCAUCAAUGGUUUCUUAAGCACUGGGGACCAAGCUUCCAAGGGAAACUACGGACUCCUUGAUUUGAUCCAAGCUCUGCGCUGGACUAGCGAGAAUAUUGCUUUCUUUGGUGGUGACCCUUUACGAAUAACUGUUUUUGGAUCAGGGGCUGGCGCCUCCUGUGUUAACCUCCUGACCCUGUCCCAUUAUUCUGAAGGUAACCGUUGGAGCAAUUCAACCAAAGGACUUUUCCAGAGAGCUAUAGCACAGAGUGGAACUGCGUUGUCCAGCUGGGCCGUCAGCUUCCAGCCUGCUAAGUAUGCUCGCAUGUUGGCCAAGAAAGUGGGCUGCAACCUGAAAGACACGGUGGACCUGGUGGAGUGUCUACAAAAGAAGCACUACAAGGAGCUGGUGGAUCAGGACAUCCAGCCUGCACGGUACCACAUCGCCUUCGGGCCUGUUAUUGACGGUGACGUCAUCCCAGACGACCCUCAGAUCCUCAUGGAGCAGGGCGAGUUCCUCAACUAUGACAUCAUGCUGGGCGUCAACCAGGGCGAGGGCCUGAAGUUUGUGGAGCUUAUCGUAGACAACGAGAACGGCGUCCAGGCCAAUGAUUUUGACUACGCCGUGUCCAGCUUCGUGGACGACCUGUACGGUUACCCAGAGGGAAAGGAUAUUCUGCGGGAGACCAUAAAAUUCAUGUACACGGACUGGGCUGAUAGACAUAACCCAGAGACCAGAAGGAAGACCCUACUAGCCCUGUUCACGGAUCACCAAUGGGUGGCUCCGGCUGUGGCCACAGCAGACCUCCACUCCAGCUUUGGGUCGCCAACGUACUUCUAUGCCUUCUACCACCACUGCCAGACAGACCAGGUGCCCCCCUGGGCAGACGCUUCCCACGGUGACGAGAUCCCCUAUGUGUUUGGCCUGCCCAUGAUUGGCCCCACAGAGCUGUUCCCCUGUAACUUCUCCAAGAAUGACAUCAUGCUCAGUGCUGUGGUGAUGACCUACUGGACUAAUUUUGCCAAAACUGGUGACCCCAACCAGCCAGUCCCCCAGGAUACCAAGUUCAUUCACACCAAGCCUAACCGCUUCGAGGAGGUGGCGUGGACGCGCUACAACCAGAAGGACCAGCUGUACCUCCACAUCGGCCUGAAACCCCGAGUCAAGGAGCACUACCGAGCCAACAAGGUUAACCUGUGGCUGGAGCUGGUGCCCCACCUCCACAGCCUGAACGAGGUCACCCAGAUCAUCUCCACCACUACCAAGGUCCCCCCACCAGAGGUCACCCCGAGGACACCAAAGAAGAUCCCUGUCAACACCAAGAGGCCUAACCCCACUCCCUUCCCCACCGAGACCCAGGACAGUCAGAACCAGCCCUUCCUGGUGGACCAGAGGGACUACUCCACAGAGCUGAGCGUCACCAUUGCCGUGGGCGCCUCGCUGCUCUUCCUCAACAUCCUGGCCUUUGCGGCGCUCUACUACAAGAAGGACAAGCGGCGGCACGACGUUCACCGGCGCUGCAGCCCCCAGCGCAACACGACCAACGACCUGGCGCACACGCAGGAGGAGGAGAUCAUGUCCCUGCAGAUGAAGCACACGGAUCUGGACCACGAGUGUGACGCCAUGCACCCACACAAGGUGGUUCUGAGAACUGCCUGCCCGCCAGACUACACGCUAGCCAUGCGACGCUCUCCUGACGACAUCCCCCUCAUGGCCCCAAACACGAUCACCAUGAUCCCCAACACCAUGCAGGGCCGCCAGUCCUUGCACAACUUCAACACCUUCCCCAGUAGUGGACAGAACAACACCCUGCCUCACCCACACUCACACUCCACCACCAGGGUAUAGCCGGACGGACGGACGCUGACACACACAGCACACGCCAGAGCUCACACCCAGCCUGAAUCAAACGGAUGUGGAAUAACUUCUACUCCUGUGAAUAUAUGAAAGGAAUAUAGGAAUGUUGCUGGGACAGGAGAAAAAUGUCAUUUUAUAUAAAAGAAGAUAUGAUUAAAAGUACAAAAAUAUUUCAAAUGAAAAAAUGAAUAAAGAGAAGGAUAAUUUUUAUUUCUGGUAUUGCAACAAAACAAGGUCAACUUUUCCAGCUAUAGAUAUCGCCUUCGGAAUUUUAUAUACGAUUGCUUGAUCCUGUUAUCAUGGAAAAGAGAGAAACCUCAGUGGAGCCUCAGAGGAGUAGCAGGGCCGCUUUGUAAAUGAAAGAAAACAUAUUGUUUUCCUGAGGCAUCAAACUGUAGAUUACUCUUUCUGGAGCCGAUGAGAUGCCGCUUAACCAAUUUAGGCAUGUGUUACUCUACAAGUAGAGGCAGUGUAAGAUAUGACAAAAACUAUCUAGAGAGAGGGGGAAAACUCUUAAAGAAUAUGCACAAUGUAGACAUUUUUUAAAUGUCUUGGAUUCUUUUCACCAAUUUAUUUUUGGGGAACAGUUUUAUUGUAUAGAACCUAUUUACAUAUCUAGAUAUGUACACAAAGCACCAAUGCUGUUUAAGUCCUUCUUGGGCGUCAAUACCGCAAAUCUGCCAGCAGAACAAAAAAAGGGGGAUCCACUGGCUUUCUGGCAGAUACAGCUUCAUCACACAAGUGCUGUCUAUACCGAGAGCUGGAGGACAAAGGAUACUGGAUAUUUUUAGCACGACGCGCAUGACAAUUUAUCUGCUUGAUGGCUGUUCUGCUGAUUAAGUCAUAAUUAAGAAUACUUUUCAUCCCCAUUGGAUUGGUUUGAAGGAACACUACUGAUUAGCUUACAAAUCCAUAGGACUUUGGGAAUGGUCACAUGGGUGAAGGUCAUGGGUCAUAAUUGGGGACAGCAGGGGAGGGUUGGCUUAUGGUAACUACAGUACAUACACAAUAGCUUGAAUGAACAUGGGUAUAAGGACUAGUUUUGUACAAUUUGUGUUGGUACAACUUUUUGAUAGUGGUGAAUCACUCGCUGUUUGGGAUCCCAAUGGAGGGACCUUUCAUUGUACUCUUUUAGUUUGGAUCAAUGUUCUUUGCUAUUAUACAUAUUGGGUUUCUUAUCACCACUCUUGACUAGUUCAAGACCACUUUAAUGUAGAAAAGUAAUUACCUGCACUGUUGAUUUUUUUGGGGGGGUUCGUAUGAAUGAUUCCUGAGCACAAAGCGUGCCCAGGGCUAUGAAGAAGGGAAGGUGAAGACUAGGAAAUAGUAGAACCUCUUGGCUGCAUAGAUUUUCUUUCCUCCUAUUAUCCUUUCAUAGAGUAUGUUCCGUAGCGCUGUUUAAAGAUUAAUGCAUAUAAAUGUGUAAUUGAAGCGAGGAGGCCCUCCGCUGACAUGGUUGAUUAGGGGUUCCUCUCAUCCUGUCGUCCCUGCAACUCAACAAAGAGAGAGAAAGAGAAAGAGAGAGAGAUUCAGGAACUCCCAUGGUACACCUCUCUCAGGCAGGGAACAGUGAUCAGUCAGAUUCUUGCUCACUGCAGUAGAACCGGUUUGCUAUCACCCUCGUCUCUCACAGAGUGAAAUGCCAUUUGCCUGUUUUUUUAUUUUCUACUGAAGAUGCUGUACUGUAUCAUAUCAGAGUUUCUGGACUUUUAGUUCUCCUUUUUCUUUAGCAUGGUUUACACAUGCCUUGGUGUCACAUUGUACAUGCCUGUCGGCAUGUUACCAUCACUGUCCAGCUAGCCCCAGUGAGUGUUCCUGCCCUCGCAGUGCUAGAGUGCAACUUCCCUCUACCAGCUAGCGCAGGCAAGUGGAGUAAUAAUGUGUCAUACAAAUACAAACCAGAGUGAAUAGCUUAGAGGAGGAAGCCGCUGAGGGGAAAAUAGUUCUCUCUAAACAGACAAAAGGCCUACUGUACUCAAGCAGAGAGUGGAGACGACAAAUACAUUAGUAAGAGAAGACUCAUAAGUAAGACAUAAAAUAGUAAGAAACAUUAUAUCACUCCCAUUUUCCUGUGUAAUAAAAGCCUGGACAUUCGCUCCACCUCCUUUACUUACUGGCGCUCUACAGUCAUUCAAAGUAAAAACAUACACUUCCAAACAAUGAGCUGUAGACAAGGUGUAGCUUUUUGGGGGGAGGUGAACAUAAAUUAUAACAAAACCUUCACGUGUCCCAAAACUAACACCCAAGCAGUUUCACCAGUCUGUAUUACAGUGCUGUGACCUCUUAACAAGGCUGGAGAAAUGACAGUUAAACAUGUAAUUGCGAAUUAAACAUGUAAUUGCACUACGGAUAAAUGAUCAAGUAACAUUGGAGAGUUAGCAGGUGAGGAGAAUGCUAAAGAAGCACUUACUUUAGCACGCAUAAGCCAGCCCCCACUCCCCCUCCCUGGAUUGUAAACAGAGUUAGAAAUGAGCCAACCUGUACUACUCUCCUCUCCCAUCCUCCUUCCCUCCCAUAACAGCUCACUCUGUACACCCCCCAUUUUCAAUUAGGUUUGAAUAUGGAUAGUUGCUGCUCACUGUACUCUCUCUCCAUCAUGCUCCCUCAGAGUGGUGUUAAAAUUGUAUGAGCCAGUGGUGAAGGAGAGCUUUUCCAAAUUUUCAUGCAGGACUUCUAGAAGGUAAGAGAAAGAGGGGCGGGGGGUACCUGAAGCUAUAAUGUGACCAUGUGGCUCAUGCCUAACCUGUGUUACCCAGUCCUGGACAGAGGAGGGUCAAGCAUUGUGAAUGAAUGUAAUGCAACGAGUGCCAUUUUAUAUAAAACGCUUCUCAACAUCUUUGAGAUCUAUGAAGAUCUAUCAAAGGGUGAUCGCUCUUUCAAAAUGUCUGUGAAAAGGGCGCUAUGUGAGUGGGUAUGGCAGUUGUAUUGUAGAUUAUUUGUCACUUGUCUUUCUUUCUGGUUAAAUAGUAAUUACUCUUCUGGAGCACAAUAAAUGAUUUUAAUAAGCUGAAUUAGCAUUGCUGCAACUCUUUUUUUCCCCGUUAUGUUUGUUCAAUAGGCUGAUUUGAUUAUAUUGCAGAGUAGACACUCACAGUUAAAGAAUGCUUGACUGAACUGAACUUCAAACAAGCCUGUAGUCACUCACUUGUCUGUUGGUCUGUCACACACUGUUGGGUUCCUUUGCUGUAUAGGACUUCAUGUGUCCUAGACCUAGACUGAAAACAACAUCUCAGACAGUGGACUUUUACAUGGCUUAAGUAACCAAAUGAAUACAACCAACAAUAUGGAAAAACAAAUGACUCUUCUGAAGGGUAAUGUACACACCAAACCUACACUUACUGUUUUCACAUUGGUUAUACCGCAGACAUUCAGCUAAUGCGAGUCACAAUUUGUUUUGUAUACACCGUGUAUCAUCUUUUACAAAUAACAGAAGUCCCAGAUACAAUAUCCCCUCAAACCAUAAUGUAAUAUAAAAAGUAUCAGGGGAAGGUUUCUCAGUUGCUACCUGCUAGGAAAAAGUACAAAGGCUUUAGACAGUGCCAUUCUUUUCCGGCAUACUGUAUUUCCAUCGAUCCUGUACACCUGUCACUCCUCCUUACUUGUUGUACAUUUUAUGAACUUCAAAUUUGAUUGUUGAACACUGAAAGAGGAGCAAAUGUCAUUGCUGGUAGAGGUGUCCUCCCUUACAUUUUCUCAGUCAGCGUCAGUCGGCUUCAGUAUCAAAGUAUUUCAUUUUAUAAAUACUUUAGAAAAAGGAUAUACCUUAUUGUUUUUAUCUGACAUUGUCAACUCCUUUGCUUUGAAUGAAGUAAAAAAUACCUCUGUCUGGUAUUUAUUAAGAACCUGAAAAUCAUAUACUACAGAAUACCAAUGUUAAACAAAUUUAGACAACGCAGCUACCAACCACACCCAUGUUUGUUGCAUUUGUAAAUGACAAGUGGGUGGCAUUUCUGUGAAUUUUUCUGUAAAUAAUGCUUUAUUAUAGCUUACUAAUACAAGUGAUAAUGGCAUCCCAUCAUUUUAGCUGCUGCAUUUUAUAAGGUAUCUUACAAGGUGCCAAAUCCAAAACACAAGACCUUCAAUGUCAUCCAUAUACAACCUAUAGUGGUGAUCUGUAAAGAUGUAAUAAAGCCAUUUGUCAUUCUAAAACAAUCUGGACAGUUAUAUCAUUUUCCCUGUUUGAGACCAGAAAUAAUGUCACUCUCACACUUCCUGAUCAUAGGAAAACAUUUUUGUGUACAUUUUCUUUUCUGAUUCCCAUGCUCAACAGAAUAGAGGACAGUCUGUCAUAUUCUAUAGUAGUAUUUGCAUGCUUUCACUAAUUUUAGCUCUUUAUGUACUAAUUGGCCUUUUAAAGCAAUCAACAAUGUCUAAUGGUUUAUUUUUUUGCAGGUUUUGACUGUUUCAGUUGUUGUUUUAAAGUGACAGAUAUGAAAGAUGAGUAAUUAAAUUGAUUUUCACUGC